AUGGAGUCUGCACCCUCUCUUCCCGUUCCGAUAUCCUAUGUAUCCGGUAGAUACCUUCUCUUCUCCAUCGAUGUUGUCACCUACCUUCGUCGCGAACACAACAUCUGUGGCGUGCUGAUUGGGACUCUUCCCCAAAUCCCUCAACAAAAUGUUUUCCUUGGCCUGCCACUGGAGUUGAUGCCGGAAGAAGCUCGACUUUUGGUGGACAGAGGUGUAGCCUACAUCGUAGAUGAAGCCAAAGCGCACGACGGGAUGCGAUCCCUGCUAGAGGAAGACCGCAAGGCGUACCUCCGCGACCUAGAAUCUCAAGGUCAACUCGCAGCGCGCAUUCUUGCGGACCGAAAGGAGCAGCAGCGAGAACAGUCUUUGAAGGAGAUAGAUGAGAAGAAGGCCAAAGGACUAGCCGCCAAGGCUGCAAAAGCAGCUCGGACGGCCGCUGAGGCUGAAGCAGUCAAGUCGUCUCCGACUGCAGCUGAUCGGGAGGGAGUGGCCUCCUUGUUCACCAAUAAUGACGACACUGCUUCUGCAUCUCGCACCACGGGGACGACAACACCGGCGCCCUUGCCGGUCAUGGCCGUGACACCAACAACUUCAUAUCCACCACUUCCACACCCUGCCGCUGCUGCGCCUCAUCUUUCCACUCCUGAGGUUCCUCUCUCAUAUCCGCUCUUCGCUCAUCUUCAUUCCUUGGGCUACUUCCUAUCUCCCGGUCUGCGAUUUGGCUGUCAGUAUGUGGCAUAUCCGGGAGACCCUCUUCGCUUCCAUUCCCACUUUGUGGCCGUCUCUGCCGAAUGGGAUGAAGAGAUUGAUUUGAUGGACAUUGUCAACGGUGGCCGUCUGGGCACAGGUGUAAAGAAGGGCUUUCUUCUGGGCGGACCGCAAAAGAGACGCGACGAGGUCGAGUCCGAAGCCGAUCGCAUCGAGACCGUGCGGACAUUCAGUAUUGAAUGGGCGGGAAUGUGA